GGAAUGACCAUGGAUAAAAGUGAGCUGGUACAGAAAGCCAAACUCGCUGAGCAGGCCGAGCGCUAUGAUGACAUGGCUGCAGCCAUGAAGGCGGUCACAGAACAGGGGCAUGAACUCUCCAACGAAGAGAGGAAUCUGCUCUCUGUCGCCUACAAGAACGUGGUAGGUGCGCGCCGUUCUUCCUGGCGUGUCAUCUCCAGCAUCGAACAGAAAACAGAAAGGAAUGAGAAGAAGCAGCAGAUGGGCAAAGAGUACCGUGAGAAGAUCGAGGCGGAGCUGCAGGACAUCUGCAAUGACGUUCUGGAGCUGUUGGACAAGUACCUUAUUCCCAAUGCUACACAACCAGAAAGUAAGGUGUUCUACCUGAAAAUGAAGGGAGAUUACUUUAGGUAUCUUUCUGAGGUGGCAUCUGGAGACAAUAAGCAAACCACUGUGUCGAACUCCCAGCAGGCUUACCAGGAGGCAUUUGAAAUUAGUAAGAAAGAAAUGCAGCCUACACACCCAAUUCGACUUGGCUUGGCACUUAAUUUCUCAGUCUUUUACUAUGAGAUCCUAAACUCUCCGGAAAAGGCCUGCAGCCUGGCAAAAACGGCAUUUGACGAAGCAAUUGCCGAAUUGGAUACGCUGAAUGAAGAGUCAUACAAAGAUAGCACUCUGAUCAUGCAGUUACUUAGGGAUAAUCUCACUCUGUGGACGUCAGAAAACCAGGGAGAUGAAGGAGACGCCGGGGAAGGCGAGAACUAAUGUCUGUUACGCUUUGUGAUCUGUUCAGUGUCACUCUGUACCCUCCACAUAUAUCCCUUUGUGCGAUAAAAAAAAAAAAAAAAAAAAAAAAAGUCGACUUUCGAUUUUUCACAGCCUCAGCCUAGCAAAAAUGGUCCACGGGAUAAACAGCGAAAACUCAGAUUGGUCACAUAAAUGCUGCGGCAUUCUGAAGUUACAAUUUUGAUUCACAUCAACAGGAUUACUGUGUGUUAAUUUUUUAAAAACUGAACACUGUGAUUAUGGGGUUUUGUAACUUAGCAGAACUCUUACUGGUAGAAAAAAAUAGAUCUGAAUUACGUGUAACUUUUGGAAAGUCUAAUCUGAUAACAAAAUAGUCAGUGAAAUACAGUUCCAUUGUAAAGUUGUACAGAAAGUUAUAGAGAUUAUAUUGUGAUGCUGGGACUUGGAAUGAGACACCAGUCAUUUGGCCUUUGAAUUUAAUGGGAAUUCACAGUAAUUCUGCCUACUCUUCAGGGCUUACAGACACUUGACCAGUCUGGGCUGUUGCCACUCAAAAGUUCAUGACCGCAAUGCCCACAGUGUCUUUUCUCUGGGGAAACUCGAAGCCUGAAAUUGAAAUUCUUUGUGGCAGAUACUGGGUUACGACACCACGAAAAGGUCCAGUGCUCAUAAAACACAUGUGACUUAACCCCCCUCUCCUACAGCAAUAUGUUACCGACUUCACCUUGUGCUUCAGUAGUGGAAUCUGUUUUCCUUGUAACCACUGAGCUAAAGAGAAAAAAGGCCGAGUGUCUGUGGAAUGGCCUUAUCCGUUUCCUGGGUAAUACCUUUAAGAAUAAAGUUCUGCAGAGAUUGCCUUUCACUUGAGGGGUACUCAGUCUUUGGGUGCUUCCUAGCUUGAGGCUUUUAAAAUUUGAAAUCUAAACAUUCUUUCCUAUUGUCCUAUUUUGACUGUUGACUGGUUUUCUCUCUUUAAAUUUCUAUCCUGCUUUCUUACAUUUGUUUCUUUCAGAAUUCUAUCUUUAUCUGUCUUGUCACUUUUUCAUACCCUAUGUAAAGGGGUGAGAGAUGGUGUUGAGUAAGCCUUGCUUCAGAGAGUUGAGAAGAGCUUCCAGCACCACCAGAGCUGUGUCUUCCUCCAGUUCUCAGUAUGGUGGUUACUCUUCACUCGCACCAAGAUCUGAAUCAAAAAAGUAUUUUAAGCAUCCCUGAUUUCUCCCUGUAUUGCAGCCAGCCCUGGUAACGCUCGUGUGUACCUGUCUCCAGAUCUCUCAAGUGUACUCAUCCAGCUCAGUCGGACGUGUUUCAGUAAGACCUGUAAUGCAGGGACAUUGCCUGGACACUGCCUCGGAGAGAAUCAGGAAUAGCCAGGCCUAUCAGUCUCACAGAAUCACUCCCCACCUUUGACAUUCCAUGUAGCUGUAGAGUCCAUCUGUUUGUCCAUCUGCUGAAAUAAGGAAAAAAAAAAUCAUGCACUGAUUUAAAACAAACCAAAAAAAGAAAAAAAAAAUCCCUCUCCUCUUUCUAGCUGAACAAAAGUGUGCAGUUAAUACUUGGCGCUUGAAAAUGCAGUAGUGAAUGUGGAACCAAGCCUGUCUGUAUAUCUGGUAGCUCUUUCUUGCUUUGUUUUUCCCUACCAGUAUUCUGCCUAACGUUUGCUUCUGUGAUGGUUAUAUUGCCUAGCAAGCACACCGUGGUUGUGAAAAUAGUAUAGCAAAAAAGAAAAAUCCCCGGUUAUUGAUGUACUAGAUUUGUGUAUGUCUUUUAAACAGUUCUAGUUUCACCUUACAUGGAAUAAUCAGGAAAAGUGUAAAAAUUCAAAAGUGAAAUAAAAAAUUUUAUCAGUUA